GAGUAAAUCAGGAGACAUUUUCCUGUGCCUGUUCACCUGCCUGAGAUUUAACACUGUGUUCAGCAAUGAGGCCAUUAACACACUCUGGGAUUUUCUGAACACACACACACACUAACCCCCCCUACACACACACACACACACACACACACACACUCACCAUGAUGAAGAAAGGUGGUCUGAAUUUCCUGAACAGGAAGAACCGGUCUCUGUUCGACACCAGUGUCCCGAUGAAAGAAAUAGACAAUGUGGAGUUUGUGUAUAACUCGGUGGUGAUCCCGGACUCAGGCACAGCUAAUGUCCGCUCCAGACCCACUGUCAAACACUUCAGCACUUUUGGAGAUGGAGCUGGAUUUGCAGUUCCAACCCCAACAGUUCCUGUUCUGUCUUCUUCCACCACACCCCAAAUCAGCCACACAGAUAAUACAGACAGUCGGUCAAGUGGAGGUGCCAUCUCAGUGGAUGACCUUGAAGAAGGACAGAUUUUGAUCCCUCCUCCACCCUCCAUUGCACCUCCACCUCCACCUUCACCUCCACCUCCACAGUUUAUUCCUCCAUCACCUGGACACGUCAGUCCUUCUUCAGGGUUUUUUGGGGAACCGUUUUCACCUGUAGACCUGUCCACUCUGGAGCCACCCUCCAUGCCCCCUCCCAAGCCACCUUCACUAGGAACGCCGGAAAAUGUAGACCUGUCCGUGUUAAGGCCUCCGCCUAUGGCUCCCCCAAAACCUCCAAGUUAUCAAAUCUAUUCAAACUCACCUGAUGGCAUCCCAGAGUGCCCCAAAUUUACCCCUCCACUGCCACCAACAGAGAAACCCCAGUCCCCCAAAGUACAGAAGAUGCCUCCUCGCAAGCCCAUCAGGUUCUCAUCCAUCUCCAAUCUUGAUUUGCCUUCAUCUGGAUCUAAUACCCCAACUUCUACACCCUCAGGAAGGCCAGCUUCCAGCUUUAACUUCCAGAACACAGGCAAUCUUUAUACUGUACCAAAACCAAAAAUUAUCACUGGUCUAUCAGAUACAGAGAGAAUCACACAACAGGCCCUGCUCCUGGAGAACUCCUCCAGAAACCCAGCUGGAGUUCAUGCCAAUGGGAAAGCACCAAUCUCUGAAAAGGAAAUGAGCACACCCCAAAGCCUGGUGCCCCUGGUCAAGCCAGUGCGUCGCAACAGUUCCGGCAUGAAGCUGGAGAAUGAUCUACAGGACUUGAAGGUGAACGUGCAGGCAACGCUACCUAACCAACCAGCAACACCAGUCAGUGUCAUCACCAGCAUGUCUGCAACUGUAGAGACACCACCAGAUGUUACAAACAAGAUCCUUACUCCAAUAAAAGGUUCUCCCUCAGCAGAAAGGCCAGCAGCAGUGCUGUCAGCUAAAGACUUAAUCAACUUGACGCCUCUGGACCCGACACGAAAAUAUAGCCCAUUACUGAACCGCAAGUUGCAGAACCUGAAAACCAUGAACAAUGAACCUUCUAGUGGGAAGGAGGCGGCUGCUUCUCCACUCGCGCUGUUAAUGGCAGCUAAGGAACGAGAGAAGCAGAGGACAACCAUUUCCAGAGAAAAUAGCAACAGCUCCGCAGAUUACUCCACUGGGAGCAUCCAUCCGAGCGACACCAGUCCCAACUCAUUCACUGUUACCCCAAGACCACCUGUGUCCUCAGGAAGUGUCAGUCCCUUCAUGGAGCCCAAACCCAAUACUGAGAAUCCAAAGGUUGCUUACUCCAGACCUGAACCUGCUGUACCCUCCAGCAGCAUUCUGAUGAAAAAGCCUACAAGUAUUGCAUCCCCAACAUCUACAUCUGGGCAGUACAAUGGCUUUGACACCAUCUCCUUCAUCCCUCCUCCACCAGAGUUUGCUAACUCUGAUCCAGAAGAUGAAGCUCCUCCCAACAUAACUCCACCUCACCCACCUACCAAGAGAACAGAUGUAAUUCCACCUCUAAACUUCACCCCCCUCACAAAUGGCCCUACUAAUACCCCAAGUAUUAAAUCAUCCAGCACCACCACACCAAUUAAUGCUAUCCCUAUCACUCAAUUCAAACCAAAACCCCAAGCUCCACCCCCAUCUCAACCCAAGACUCAGACCCAAGCUCCACCUCCAUCUCUUCCCAAAACUCAGCCCAAAGCCCCACCCCCAUCUCAACCCAAGACUCAGACCCAAGCUCCACCCCCAUCUCAACCCAAGACUCAGACCCAAGCUCCACCGUCUGUCACUGCCAGUCAGACCACUUUGCUCAGCAUCCUGCAGAAGAAGAUGCUGGAAAUGGAUCCCAAAUUCCCUCUGGCCCAUGAAGGAGACACUGGCAGCGAUGAAUGGAACUCCCCUCAUGAGGAUGUAGAUGGUGGUCCUUCCCUAAACUCCACCCCCAAACCCAAGCACUCCACUUUUCCUGCACAGUCGGCAGGUCUGGACAUGAAAGAACUUGAGAACAAAGUGACCAAGAAGACACAAGCUAAAGCACCAGCCAGCACUGGUUCUUCGAAGCAGCAGUUUGGGAUGACAUUCAUGGUCAGGCCUGGGACCAAACAGCCCAUCACACCCGUUCCCAAAACUGAGUGACCACACACACACACAGAGCUCUGUGUAUAGAACUCAUAAAGGAAAAGAGGUUACAGAUAAUACUGGACAGUUUACACAGCAGCAGUUUUUCUGUAUGUUGAAUCUCUGCUCUGUGCUUGUGUGCCAAAGUCCAACCUGAAUUUAUUCUCUGUAGGAUACACACUCAACUGAUACGUGUAUAAACACACACACACACACACACACUUACUUAACACGGACUUACUGGUGGAAAGUCAGCGUCACCUUUAAUGUGUAAUUUUUAAAAACUUUGUUGUUCAUCAAACUUUCAGCUGCAGGAGGAACAGAGAUGAAAAACAGUGAUGUUAAAGACUGCAGCGGGAACAUGUACAUUUUAAUGCGCUUAUUUUCUUCACAUAUAUUCAUUCAUCUCUCUCUCUCGCUCGCUCUCACACCGUUCUGCUAACAGAAUUUGGGAUGUGGUCAGAAGGUCAGAUCUGUAAUGAAAUGUAAAACCUGACGAUUCUCUGGACGUUAAACUCGUUUUAGUGCCUCAACUAACAGGAAGUGAACGAGACCAAAGUUCUGCAUAAAAUCUUAUAUUUUAUUUUAUUAAUUACCUGUAAAUGUUAAAGUGUAUUAUUAAAGUCUGACUCCACAGUGUGUGAGUGUGUAUAGGUCAGCACUGUAAUUCACACAGAAACAUUUUCCGCUGAUGAGAGGUGAAACUGGAGCGUGAGAGUGAGGGAGUGCUGUAGUGAGCACUUUCAUCACUGACUGAGGGGAAAAAGUUCUCAGCACUUACACACGUGUGUAUCUGAACAUAAACAUGUACUACCACUAAUAAACUAUUAACACCCGUGUGUGUGUGUUAA